UAUUUGACUGGACGAACGCUAUGGUAAGUGGUUUGUGGCAAACUCAAGCUGCGAUCUCACGUCCUUCACUGUUUGCAGAGGUAGUCAUCAUGCAGCCGAUUCGUACGUGUAAACUCACAGGUCCUGACGACACGCGCAGCUGCGAGUGGUUAUACGACUUGCAAUACGCAUUGUCCAUUAUCCUUAUCUUCGUUAUUGCAUGGUUCUCGGCUCUUCGCGUCUAUGCUAUCAGCCAUCGAAGCUGGUGGCCAGCAGUGAUAACCUUAACGGGGGCAGUGGUCGCCAUCCCGGUUCAGCUGUUUGCCGAUAUUCGAUCAUCAAGAGCCUACGUCGCGUUUGUGGGUCGUAUUCCGAUCUGUACGAAAGCAACGUUAUUCUCCGAUGACUUGAAUACCCGGUUAAUCUUUGCUGUCCGGACUUGCGCCAUAUUCUCCGACUUAGUGGUUCUCUGCUGCACCUGGUAUUUCGCCGGCGUUGUUUCCGAUGCGAGAGAGCGCAAAGCAAGGUUCAUCAAGUUGAUCCUACAACAAGGGACGAUAUACUUCAUAUCACUGCUCAUACUCAAUGUCGUACAAAUUAUCGUUGAGACAUCCCUCGGCACACAGACAGUGAAUGCCUAUUACACGGCUACAUUUACAGGACCAAUAUCGUCGAUCCUAACCACUCGAUUCAUGCUCGAACUUCGCACUCUCGACCGCCGAGCUGUCGUAUCAGAAUCGUCGGGCUUCCUGUCUGACUCUGGAGCGUAUUCCAGCGGUUCGACGACGACGCCCGUCGAGCUGUCCACCCUCAAGUUCUCCGACCAGCGUACUUGCUCGACGGCGGUCUAG